AUGGGUCGCAUUCUGCAGUCGAUCCUUCUCCUUCUCCCCGUCGUGACGGGCCUCGAUCAGGCUCCCCUCUCCAGCGAGGACAACAACAAUGACCUUCUUUCAGGAAACCCGGUAUUUGAAGGCUGGUACGCCGAUCCUGAAGCACGAAUCUUUGACUCAAAAUACUGGAUAUACCCAACUUACUCAGCGGCCUACGAGGAACAGACCUUCUUUGACGCUUUCUCGUCUACAGAUCUCCUUACCUGGACCAAACAUAACUCUAUCUUAAACAUUUCGGAGAUUCCAUGGUCCACAAACCGGGCCGCCUGGGCCCCUUCCGUGGCACGUCGUCGCCGCUCCAUGAACUCUAAUGUUCUCGACGAUGGCUCAGAGUACGACUACUUCAUGUACUUCUCUGCGGGCGACGGGGCAGGCAUUGGUGUGGCGAAGUCGAUCACGGGCCGUCCCGAUGGCCCCUUCGUCGAUGCUAUCGCGAAACCGCUCGUGCCGGAGACUGUCUUUGGUGCAGAGGCGAUCGAUGCGCAGCUGUUCCAGGAUGAGGAUGACGGCCGCGUGUGGCUCUACUAUGGCGGGUGGAGUCAUGCAAUCGUCGUCGAGCUCAACGAUGAUAUGGUAAGUUUGAAGGGUGAUUAUUUGGAGAUCACUCCUCCAGAUUAUGUAGAGGGGCCGUGGAUGCUCAAGAAGAAUGGUAUAUUCUAUUUUAUGUACAGUGUCGGCGGCUGGGGUGAUAGUUCAUACGGCGUUAGCUAUGUCACCGGUCCGUCCCCCACCGGCCCAUUCUCGAGCACUCCUACCAAGGUCCUCUCUGGAAAUGACGCGGUGGGUUAUGGCACUGGCCAUCACAGCGUCUUUACUCCCGACGGUGAUGAUUAUUAUAUUGUCUAUCACCGCCGGUUCUUCAACGACACUGCGCGAGAUCAUCGGGUUGUAUGUAUCGACCGUAUGGAGUUUGAUGAGGAUGGAAACAUUCUCCCCGUAAAUAUCACCCUUGAGGGCGUGGAAGGGAGGCUACUAUAG